AAAUAGAUCAGAGCUCAUUGCGAACAUGGCAGGACGUAGCAUCAAUAGCUCCACUGCAACCGGCGACGCCGCUACACGUCGCUCAUCUUCAUCUCAUCGGACUGGCAACGAUGCCGUACGAGGUCAGCAUCGAAGUCAAGCUGGUAGACGAGCAGCAGACAGCUCCGAGGAUAUGGAGCGCGAGGAAGAUGACGAUGUGGAAGAUUCUGAUGAAGAAGAAGAAACGCAGAUCCCCAUUGAGGAUCAGAUGAUGGAAAUGACGCAGGAACUUCCAGCCUCAGAGCGAGAUAUGAGUCCUCCGCCCGUGCAGAGACGCUCUCCGCCUACGUCGCCGCCGCCGAUGACUGAGGCAUCGGCAGGCUCACCGACUGGCCUUCCAACCGCCAGCUUAUCACCUUUUGCAGACGUCGAAUCGACGACACCGCAGUCCAAUGAGGACGAAGACUCAAGAUCUGAGACGUCAUCGGAGGUGAGUCUAGGAUCGGGUCGACCUGGAAGACGUCGAGGAGCCAGAAAACGCGUGUCGACGGCCUGCUCGGACCACCGGAAUCUGUCUGAGAGGAUGAUGAAGGCGGUGGCUUGCGAAGGAGACGGAGAAGAGAGCUUUGGCGAGUCGAUGACAGGCGCAGACGUCGUUUUGUGUGUCAGACGUAACGAGAACCGACGAGAGGCUAACGGCAAUGGGAAUUCUACUAGUAAUGGAAGCAAACCGGGAGGCGUUCGACGGUUCCACGCCCACAGAUUCAUUCUUGCAGCGAGCUCACCGCCGUUCCGUGCGAUGUUGACUGGAAACAUGCGCGAGUCGUCGCGACGGGAUGUGGAGCUGCAUGAUAUUGAGCCUAAUAUUGUCGAGAAGAUGCUGCUUUUCAUGUACACUGGAGACGUGGUGCUGGAUCUGGAAAGUGUACUUGGACUGCUGAUCUCUGCGGAGAUGUAUGAACUGAUAGCUCUGCGAGAAAUGUGCAAAGGCUUUGUGCUAAAGUAUGCACACGAAGUGUUUUGCGACCCGCAGAUCGUCCAGCUACCGGAGAAGAUACUGCUUGAGCUAAUUCCUCAGGACGAUCUGCAGAUCCGAGAGCUGGCACUAAUGGAAGCUCUCGUCAUGUGGGGCGAGUCUCGCGUGGCCAACGCUGACAAACCUUUGGGAGAGUUGCUGGCGGAAAUGAUGGAGUUUAUACGCUUUCCUACGAUGAGUGUCAGCGAUCUCUAUGGCAAAGUACGUCCGUUAGUGAAUGAUGGAGUCAUUCGCGAACAUCUCCUUACUGAAGCUCUUUUCAACCACCUGAAGUGGGGGUCGCAAACUGGCAUCGCAUCGAAACGUGCAAAGCCACGUGCACUUACAGCUUCGCUGCGCAAGCGUAAGCGAGUUUCGUUUACCCAACACGUGACGUUCGAAACGACACCGCAAGGAAAUGGAGCUUGAAGUAUAAGCUGAGCCUGCAAGGAAAAUGAUGUCCAGCGAAGGAGCAAAAUUGUCGAGUUAUAAUUAUUAGGCCGUAGCGUUUACAACGAAGCUUAACGCGAAAUCCCCCCCCCCCCCACUAUUCUCUUGCAU